AUGCCACAACCUAUACACUCCACGACACCUUCCUUGUCACUUCUUCUUCGUCAGCAACUCAAUGACUUCUCCCGACAAUCCAUUCUUUUACUCUCAUCAUUACUUGUCUUGUUUCUUCUCCAACUCUCACAUCCCAUCACUUCCCAAUGUAUGUCCAACCUCAUUUCCAACACUUUCACUCCAACUCUACCUCUGGGCAAAUUCUAUGAUGUUUGUCCUGUCGGUUAUGUGAACAACAAUGGAAAAUGUGAAACAUUCGAAUCGGUGUGGAAGUCAAAAGUUGGAUCGAGCUGUAAUGUCACUGCAGAUUGUAAAUUUACUUCCAUGACAUGUGUUAAGAAAAAGUGCCUUGUCAUGGGAAGAAUGAUUGGUGACCCGUGUGUUGAUGCUUCUCAAUGUGUUGUCGAUGUUUUGGACAUGUAUGAUACUGCCACUUGUUACAAGUCAAAAUGUCAACUUGCUAUCAAAAAGAAGGGAGCAGGAAUCGGCCAGGUUUGCAAUACGCCCACAGAAAAUGAAGAUUUUGUGACCACUUGUGAAGAUGGUGUGUGUCCUCCAAAACUGACUUUUGACAUGGAACAAAAGUGUGUCAAAAUUUCUACUGCCAAGAAGGGAGAAACUUGUGGAUUCAAUGUGACCACCUCACCUACUACCUCUAUUACUGGAAUUGUUAUUUGCGAAACUGGUACAAUUUGUUCAGAGAAAAUUCAGAAUGGAAAAUGCAAAACUCAAGUGAAAAGAAAUCAAAAAUGUGAUCCAAAAGCGGACGACCAAUUGUGUUAUGGAAAUUUAGUCUGUCGAAAGAAGAAUGCAGAAGCAACCGAUCAUACCUGUGAAUAUCGUUCCAAUAUUGGCGAAUUUUGUCAAGAAGACAAGGACUGUGCCUUUACCAACACUCAAAUGGUUUCGUGUGAAAAUUCAAAAUGCAUUCGAGCUCGAUAUUUACCCAAUGGACAAUCGUGCACCAAUCAUACUCAAUGUUACAGUUCAUUCUGUGAUCCCUCUUCAAAAAUUUGCUCUGCAUUUGCCUCGAAAGGUUAUGCCUGCAAUACCAGAAAUACAAGUUGCAAUUCCAUUUCAUCUCAAGGAUGCGCUUGUGAUGGAAAAGAAUUUAUUCCAAAUGCUAAUGGACGUUGUGUCGCUUCCUGCACUGGAGCAUUCAAUGAUUUACACGCCUGUCUCUAUAACUUGGGUCUCCUUUAUUAUAUCAAUAUUUUACCCAUUCCACAAUAUUUGGGAUUUACACAAUUUGCAGAUGAAGAAUCUUCUGCUUUUCGAAAGUGUCGUUCGUAUUACAACAAAUUCUAUUCGUGCAUGAAGAAGACGUGGACCGAUGCUGGAAUUUCAACGAGCGGAGGUUCGAUUCCUGGCGCUACACUUGAUGCUGGUCUCGAUGAAGGAAGUAGUAUCUUGAUGCCAUUCAGAAAUGCAGCUCCUUCAUUUAGUGGAAUGACUAUUUGGCAUUGGGGCAUGAUGAGUGUUUUAUUAAGUUUGAAUUUAUUCAUGAUGUAA